UAUCUAUCUAUUGUUUCUAUUAGAAGUGAUCAUGGGGGAGAAUUUGAAAAUAAUGACUUUGAAGAUUUUUGCAUUGAACAUGGACUCUCUUGGAAAAUUUGAUUCUAAAAGUGAUGAAGGCAUCUUUGUUGGAUACUCUACUUCUAGUAAAGCUUACCGUGUGUAUAAUAAACAUUCUAAAGUUGUUGAGGAAUCUAUUCAUGUGGUAUUUGAUGAGACUAACCCUAUUUGCUCUAGAAAGUCUUGUAAUGAUGAUGAUGUAGAUGCCAUUGGAAAACAAAUAAAAGAGAUAAAUCUCAAGGAGGACAACACCAAGGAAGCUCAAGAUGAGAAAAAUGAGGAGGACAAACAUGAAGAAGUGCAACAAACACAAGAGCUAAGAGAACCAACUUUCCCAAGAGAAAGAUCUUAUGUCAAAGAAUUAGCUCAAUUUGAAAGAAAUAAGGUUUGGAAUCUUGUUUCUAGACCUAAAGACCAUCCCAUCAUAGGAACUAAAUGGGUUUUUAGAAAUAAGUUAGAUGAGAAUGGAAUUGUGGUUAGAAACAAGGCAAGACUAGUUGCUAAGGCUAUUGUCAAGAGGAAGGAAUUGAUUUUGAUGAGACUUUUGCCCCGGUAGCUAGACUUGAAGCAAUUAGAAUGUUAUUGGCCUUUGCAUGCUUUAAAGGUUUUACACUUUAUCAAAUGGAUGUUAAAAGUGCUUUUCUAAAUGGUUAUAUUCAAGAAGAGGUUUAUGUUCAGCAACCUCCCCGUUUUGAAGAUCCAUCUUAUCCAAACCAUGUUUAUAAACUUUCAAAGGCUUU